UUUUUAAAGUUUAAAGUUAGCGAUGUCAAAACUUUUCGCAGUUUUUCGAAGGAAACAGGACCAUAUUUUACAAAAGCCUAAGGAACCUAUAGAUACAUCACCUAAGGACGAGCUGGCGUGUCUGAAGGUAGAGCAGGAGAGCGAGCUGAAUCAGAUGGACUACAAGAAGAAGAUUGAUGACAUGUUGCAGGAAUACAUGGAGCAGAUUGAAGGACAAGACAAGCUAAUGCAGGUGAAUCAAGUCGGAAAAAAGGUAAAGAAUACGGACAUGACAGUCCACAGGCUAAAGGACGACCUUAAGAGCAUCCAGGACAAACAUAAAAAUGCAGUCUCUAAAAUUUCAGAGCUGAAGAAGGAAAGAGAGGAACAAAAUAAGAUCAUUGUUACACAGAAAAAUCAGAUCUCGUCACUGCUUACACAGCUUGAUGUGUGCAGAAAGGAAUAUGAGGGGAACAUUUUCAAGCUGGAGGAGCAGUUGAAACAGUCAAGGCAAGAACAAGAUCAAAAGAAAAAUUUGGUGAAGGAACAUGAGCUACUGCAGAAAAAGGCUGAAGAAAGCAAAACGCUCAUCAAAAAGGUGAGGAGUUUAACAAGUGCAGUGGCGUGA